AUGUGCUGCUUUAUGUGGGAUAAUGAGGCUGGUGAGGCUGGUGAGGAUGGUGAGGCGGGUGAGGCGGGUGAGGCUGGUGAGGCGGGUGUGGCGGGUGUGGCUGGUGAGGCGGGUGAGGCGGGUGAGGCUGGUGAGGCGGGUGUGGCUGGUGAGGCUGGUGAGGCGGGUGAGGCUGGUGAGGCUGGUGAGGCGGGUGAGGCUGGUGAGGCGGGUGAGGCUGGUGAGGCGGGUGUGGCUGGUGAGGCUGGUGAGGCUGGUGAGGCGGGUGAGGCGGGUGAGGCUGGUGAGGCUGGUGAGGCUGGUGAGGCGGGUGAGGCGGGUGAGGCGGGUGAGGCGGGUGAGGCUGGUGAGGCGGGUGAGGCGGGUGAGACUGGUGAGGCGGGUGUGGCUGGUGAGGCUGGUGAGACUGGUGAGACUGGUGAGACUGGUGUGGCGGGUGAAGCUGGGGUGACUGGUGAGACUGGUGAGGCUGAGGCGGCUGGUGAGACUGGGGAGACUGGUGAGGCGGGUGAAGCUGGGGUGACUGGUGAGACUGGGGAGACUGGUGAGGCUGGUGUGGCUGGUGAGGCUGGUGUGGCGGGUGAAGCUGGGGUGACUGGUGAGACUGGUGAGGCUGAGGCGGCUGGUGAGACUGGUGAGACUGGUGAGGCGGGUGAAGCUGGGGUGACUGGUGAGACUGGGGAGACUGGUGAGGCUGGUGUGGCUGGUGAGGCUGGUGUGGCGGGUGAAGCUGGGGUGACUGGUGAGACUGGUGAGGCUGAGGCGGCUGGUGAGACUGGUGUGACUGGUGAGGCGGGUGAAGCUGGGGUGACUGGUGAGACUGGGGAGACUGGUGAGGCUGGUGUGGCUGGUGAGGCUGGUGUGGCGGGUGAAGCUGGGGUGACUGGUGAGACUGGUGAGGCUGAGGCGGCUGGUGAGACUGGUGAGACUGGUGAGGCGGGUGAAGCUGGGGUGACUGGUGAGGCUGGUGAGGCGGGUGAAGCUGGGGUGACUGGUGAGACUGGUGAGGCGGGUGAAGCUGGGGUGACUGGUGAGACUGGUGAGGCGGGUGAAGCUGGGGUGACUGGUGAGACUGGUGAGGCUGAGGCGGCUGGUGAGACUGGUGAGACUGGUGAGGCGGGUGAAGCUGGGGUGACUGGUGAGACUGGGGAGACUGGUGAGGCUGGUGUGGCUGGUGAGGCUUGGGAGACUGGUGUGGCGGGUGAAGCUGGGGUGACUGGUGAGACUGGUGAGGCUGAGGCGGCUGGUGAGACUGAUGAGACUGGUGAGGCGGGUGAAGCUGGGGUGACUGGUGAGACUGGGGAGACUGGUGAGGCUGGUGUGGCUGGUGAGGCUGGUGUGGCGGGUGAAGCUGGGGUGACUGGUGAGACUGGUGAGGCUGAGGCGGCUGGUGAGACUGGUGAGACUGGUGAGGCGGGUGAAGCUGGGGUGACUGGUGAGACUGGGGAGACUGGUGAGGCUGGUGUGGCUGGUGAGGCUGGUGUGGCGGGUGAAGCUGGGGUGACUGGUGAGACUGGUGAGGCUGAGGCGGCUGGUGAGACUGGUGAGACUGGUGAGGCGGGUGAAGCUGGGGUGACUGGUGAGACUGGGGAGACUGGUGAGGCUGGUGUGGCUGGUGAGGCUGGUGUGGCGGGUGAAGCUGGGGUGACUGGUGAGACUGGUGAGGCUGAGGCGGCUGGUGAGACUGGUGAGACUGGUGAGGCGGGUGAAGCUGGGGUGACUGGUGAGACUGGGGAGACUGGUGAGGCUGGUGUGGCUGGUGAGGCUGGUGAGGCGGGUGAAGCUGGGGUGACUGGUGAGGCUGGUGAGGCGGGUGAAGCUGGGGUGACUGGUGAGACUGGUGAGGCGGGUGAAGCUGGGGUGACUGGUGAGACUGGUGAGGCGGGUGAAGCUGGGGUGACUGGUGAGACUGGUGAGGCUGAGGCGGCUGGUGAGACUGGUGAGACUGGUGAGGCGGGUGAAGCUGGGGUGACUGGUGAGGCUGGUGAGGCGGGUGAAGCUGGGGUGACUGGUGAGACUGGUGAGGCGGGUGAAGCUGGGGUGACUGGUGAGACUGGUGAGGCGGGUGAAGCUGGGGUGACUGGUGAGGCUGGUGAGGCGGGUGAAGCUGGGGAGACUAGGGAGACUAGUGAGGCGGGUGAAGCUGGGGUGACUGGUGAGACUGGUGCGUGUGGUGAGGCUGGUGAGGCUGAGGCAGCUGGUGAGACUGGUGAGUCUGGGGAGGCUGGUGAUGCUGGUGAGACUGGUGAGGCUGGUGAGGCUGAGGCGGCUGGUGAGGCUUGGGAGACUGGUGAGACGGGUGAAGCUGGGGAGACUGGUGAGACUGGUGAGGCGGGUGAGACUGGUGAGUCUGGGGAGGAUGGUGAGGCUGGUGAUGCUGGUGAGACUGGUGAGGCUGGUGAGGCUGAGGCUGCUGGUGAGACUGGUGAGUCUGGGGAGGAUGGUGAGGCUGGUGAUGCUGGUGAGACUGGUGAGGCUGGUGAGGCUGAGGCUGCUGGUGAGACUGGUGCGUGUGGUGAGGCUGGUGAGGCUGAGGCAGCUGGUGAGACUGGUGAGUCUGGGGAGGCUGGUGAUGCUGGUGAGACUGGUGAGGCUGGUGAGGCUGAGGCGGCUGGUGAGGCUGGGGAGACUGGUGAGGCUGGUGAAGCUGGGGAGACUGGUGAGGCUGGUGAAGCUGGUGAAGCUGGUGAGUCUGGUGAGGCUGGGGCGGCUGGGGAGACUGGUGAAGCUGGUGAGGCGGGUGAGAUUUGA